GCCACGGGACGCCAGAGCCGCGGGGACACAACAGCAUGAGGCGGAGAUUAACGUGACAGUGUCAGGUGGAUCUACGGCCAUCCCACAGCCCCCUCUGUGGGGUGCUGAGGGCAGGCAGCAUGGAGGAGAGAAAGCAUGAGACGAUGAACCAAGCUCAUGUCCUCUUUGACCGAUUUGUCCAGGCCACUACCUGCAAGGGAACCCUCAAGGCCUUCCAAGAGCUCUGUGACCACCUGGAACUGAAGCCUAAGGACUACCGCUCCUUCUAUCACAAGCUCAAGUCCAAGCUUAACUACUGGAAAGCCAAAGCCCUCUGGGCAAAGUUGGACAAACGGGGCAGUCACAAAGACUACAAAAAGGGAAAAGCAUGCACUAACACCAAGUGUCUCAUCAUUGGAGCUGGCCCCUGUGGUCUCCGCACAGCCAUUGACUUAUCCUUACUGGGAGCCAAGGUGGUCGUUAUUGAGAAACGAGAUGCCUUCUCCCGCAACAAUGUCUUGCAUCUCUGGCCAUUCACCAUACAUGAUCUGCGAGGUCUGGGUGCCAAGAAGUUCUAUGGAAAGUUUUGUGCUGGAGCCAUUGACCAUAUUAGUAUCCGUCAGCUCCAGCUAAUACUGUUGAAAGUAGCCUUGAUCCUAGGCAUUGAAAUCCAUGUCAAUGUGGAGUUCCAAGGACUUGUACAGCCUCCUGAGGACCAAGAGAAUGAACGGAUAGGUUGGCGGGCACUGGUGCAUCCCAAAACUCAUCCUGUGUCAGAGUAUGAAUUUGAAGUGAUCAUCGGUGGGGAUGGCCGUAGGAACACCUUGGAAGGAUUUCGUCGGAAAGAAUUCCGUGGCAAACUGGCCAUCGCCAUCACAGCAAAUUUUAUUAACCGAAAUACAACAGCGGAAGCCAAAGUGGAAGAGAUCAGUGGUGUGGCUUUUAUAUUCAACCAAAAAUUUUUCCAGGAACUGAGGGAAGCGACAGGUAUUGACUUGGAGAACAUCGUCUACUACAAAGAUGACACGCACUAUUUCGUUAUGACAGCCAAAAAGCAGAGUUUACUGGACAAAGGGGUGAUACUGCAUGACUAUGCCGACACAGAGCUCUUGCUUUCCCGAGAGAAUGUGGACCAAGAGGCUCUACUCAACUACGCCAGGGAGGCGGCGGACUUCUCCACCCAGCAGCAGCUGCCAUCUCUGGAUUUUGCCAUCAAUCACUAUGGGCAGCCCGAUGUGGCCAUGUUUGACUUCACUUGUAUGUAUGCCUCCGAGAACGCCGCCCUGGUGCGGGAGCAGAAUGGACACCAGUUGUUAGUAGCUCUGGUUGGGGACAGCCUCCUAGAGCCUUUCUGGCCAAUGGGAACAGGAAUAGCUCGGGGCUUUCUAGCUGCUAUGGACUCUGCCUGGAUGGUACGAAGUUGGUCACUAGGAACAAAUCCCUUGGAAGUCCUGGCAGAGAGGGAAAGUAUUUAUAGGUUGCUGCCCCAGACCACCCCUGAGAAUGUGAGUAAAAACUUCAGCCAAUACAGCAUCGACCCUGUCACUAGGUAUCCCAAUAUUAACGUCAACUUCCUUCGGCCAAGCCAGGUGCGCCAUUUAUAUGAUACUGGAGAAACAAAAGAUAUUCAUCUGGAAAUGGAGAACUUGGUGAAUUCCCGAACUACCCCAAAGCUGACUCGCAAUGAGUCUGUAGCUCGUUCAAGCAAACUGCUGGGUUGGUGCCAGAGGCAGACGGAUGGCUAUGCAGGGGUAAAUGUGACAGAUCUCACCAUGUCCUGGAAAAGUGGGUUGGCCCUUUGUGCAAUUAUCCACAGAUACCGUCCUGAUCUGAUAGAUUUUGAUUCUUUGGAUGAGCAAAAUGUGGAAAAGAAUAACCAACUGGCCUUUGAUAUUGCUGAGAAGGAACUGGGCAUUUCUCCCAUCAUGACAGGCAAAGAAAUGGCCUCCGUGGGGGAGCCCGACAAGCUAUCCAUGGUGAUGUACCUGACCCAGUUCUACGAGAUGUUCAAGGACUCGCUCCCCUCCAGCGACACCUUGGACCUGAAUGCCGAGGAGAAAGCAGUCUUGAUAGCCAGCACCAAAUCCCCCAUCUCCUUCCUAAGCAAACUUGGGCAGACCAUCUCUCGGAAGCGCUCUCCCAAGGAUAAAAAGGAAAAGGACUUGGAUGGUGCUGGAAAGAGGAGAAAGACCAGUCAAUCAGAGGAGGAGGAGGCUCCCCGGGGCCACAGAGGAGAAAGACUGACACUGGUGAGCACUCUGACGGACAGGAGGAUGGAUAUUGCUGUUGGCAACCAGAACAAAGUGAAGUACAUGGCGACACAGCUGCUGGCCAAAUUUGAAGAGAACGCACCUGCGCAGUCCGCCGGCAUACGGAGACAGCCUACACAAGUGCGUGGGGCCAGCCGGCCGUCCUGCUGCCCGCCUGAGCAGGGUCGCCCUGCUCCCAACCCCCGGUGGAAACAGGGCUCCAUGAAGAAGGAGUUCCCGCAGAACUUGGGAGGCAGCGACACGUGCUAUUUCUGUCAGAAGCGGGUCUACGUGAUGGAGAGGCUGAGUGCUGAGGGCAAGUUCUUCCACCGGAGCUGCUUCAAGUGCGAGUACUGCGCUACCACCCUGCGCCUCUCGGCCUACGCCUAUGACAUCGAGGACGGUAAAUUCUACUGUAAACCACACUACUGUUACCGACUCUCUGGCCACGCACAGAGGAAGAGACCGGCGGUGGCUGCUCUGUCUGGAAAGGAGGCCAGAGGACCCCUGCAGGACGGCCCCACUGCAGAUGCAAAUGGACGGGCCAGCACCGCGGCCAGCUCGGCUGAGAGAACCCCAGGUUCGAGUGUGAAUGGCCUGGAGGAGCCCAGCAUCGCCAAGAGGCUGCGGGGCACCCCUGAGAGGAUCGAGCUGGAGAACUACCGCCUGUCGGUGAAGCAGGCCGAGGAGCUGGAGGAGGUGCCCGAGGAGACGCAGGCGGAGCACAACCUGAGCAGCGUGCUGGACAAGGGCACCGAGGAGGACGUCGCCAGCAGCAGUUCUGAGUCUGACAUGGAGGAGGAGGAGGAUGAAGAGGAGGAGGAGGAGGAGCUGCAGCUGCCCCCCUCUGACCUGGGCGGCGUCCCCUGGAAGGAGGCCGUGAGGAUCCACGCUCUUCUGAAAGGGAAAAGUGAAGAGGAGCUCGAGGCCUCCAAAAGCUUUGGGCCUAGGAAUGAAGAGGAGGAGGAGGAGGAGGAGGAGGAGGAAGAGUAUGAAGAAGAGGAGGAGGAAGAAUAUGACGAGGAGGAAGAGUCCAGUGAAGUCCCAUUGGAUGAAAACCACCUGGAGGAAGAUGUGGACUCGGAGCCAGCGGAGAUAGAAGGGGCGGCAGCGGAGGAUGGGGACCCGGGGGACACUGGUGCUGAGCUGGAUGAUGAUCAGCACUGGUCUGACGACAUCCCAUCCGACGCUGAGACGGAGCUCCGCUUGCAGCGCCGGGCCGAGGUGGAGGCAGAACUGGAGCUGAGGGUGUCAGAAGAUGAGGAGGAGAAACCACCCGCCUUGCCAAAGCGACAAGAGAGAGAUCCCUCCCAAGCUUCCAGCCCCAUCCGGCCCCCUCAGGAGCAAGCCCUUCUGCUCACCCCCGUCCACAGCCCUGUGGCAGAGGGGCCCCAAAUCCCACUUGUCCCUGUUACUACCAAGGUGAAAUCACCAGAGGAGCACCUUUUCCCUGAGCCUUCGCUCCCCAAAGAGAAGCCCAGAGCCGAAGCCCCCACUGAUCUGAACACUGCGCACUCUCCCAUCCGCUCUCAGCCGGUGGCUCUGCCGGAAGCCAGGACCCCUGCCUCGCCAGGGAGUCCGCAGCCUCUGUCGCCACUGGCCACCUCUGCACCCCGCUCCACGCUGCUCCCCAUCUGCUCCCAGCCUCAGCCGUCCUCUGAGGCCACCGUGCCAUCCCCUACCCUGUCCCCCGUACGCUUCCAGCCCGUUCCAGCCAAGACAUCAACCCCCCUCACCCCACUCCCCGUCAAGAGCCAAGUGGACACCAGGGACAAAUUGGGCAGCCCUCUCCCUGUGGACGAGGCCCUCAAACGGAACGACCUGGUGGAGGAGUUCUGGAUGAAGAGUGCCGAGAUCCGCCGCAGCCUUGGGCUCACGCCUGUGGAUCGCAGCAAGGGGCCCGAGCCCUGCUUCCCCUCGCCUGCCUUUAAGCCGGCGUCCCUGAAAGCCUAUUCAGUUGAAAAAUCCCCGCAGGAUGAGGGUCUCCAUCUUCUAAAACCUCCACCUGUUCCUCAGAGGCUGGGCCUGCCAAAGCCAGAGGGCGACCAGCCCCCCCUGCCGACUCCCAAGUCACCGUCUGACCGAGAACUAAGAAGCUCCCAGGAGGAGCGGAGGGACCUGUCCAGCAGCUCUGGCCUGGGCCUUCACGGGAGCUCCUCCAACAUGAAGACCCUGGGCAGCCAGAGCUUCAACACCUCGGACUCUGCCAUGCUCACUCCACCCUCCAGCCCGCCCCCGCCGCCGCCGCCCGGGGAGGAGCCCGCCACUCUGCGGAGGAGGCCCUGCGAGCACAAGGAAGCCCGGCCCAAGGCCUCGGUGGCCCCGCCGCCCCCGCCUGCCACGUUGGUGCGGGCCCCCCUGGAGCCUGCCCAGCCCCGCCGGGAGGAGGUGCGGAAGUCAUUCGUGGAGAGCGUGGACGAGAUCCCCUUCGCUGAUGAUGUGGAAGACACGUAUGAUGACAAGACUGAGGACUCGAGUGUGCAGGAGAAGUUCUUCACACCCCCGUCCUGCUGGCCGCGCCCUGCGAAGGCCCUCCACUUGCCCCUGGCCAAGGAGAACGGGAAGCUGCCUGCCCUGGAGGGCGCGCCCCAGCUGCAGAAGAGGGCACUGCCCUUGGUCUCUCCGGAGGCCAAGGAGCUGGCGGAGGAGCGCAUGCGAGCCCGGGAGAAGUCUGUGAAGAGCCAAGCACUGCGGGACGCCAUGGCCAAGCAGCUGAGCAGGAUGCAGGAGGUGCAGGUGGCAACCGAGGCCCCCAGGUCCCGAAAGGUGGCCUCAGCACCUUCCCAGGGCAAGGACCGUGGGGCCGAGUCCCCCCGCCGCCCCGAGGAGCCCACCUUGAAGCACGGAGCCCCCAGUGAGGAGGCCCUCUCCCCUCCAACGGACUCGGGAGGCCCAGACGGUUCUGUCACUUCAUCUGAGGGCUCCAGUGGGAAGAGCAAGAAGAGGUCAUCACUCUUCUCCCCCCGCAGAAACAAGAAAGAGAAGAAGCCCAAAGGCGAGGGCCGGCCCCUGGAGAAACCCAGCCCCAGCCUCCUAGAGGAAGCAGCCUCCAAGCCCAAGUCCCUGUGGAAGUCGGUCUUCUCCGGGUACAAGAAGGACAAGAAGAAGAAGGCCGAUGACAAGUCCUGCCCCAGCACUCCCUCCAGUGGCGCCACAGUGGACUCCGGCCGGCACAGGGUGGCCCCCAUCCUGAGGGCAGACCUGCAGCUCCGGCGCCAGCUGAGUUUCUCAGAGGACUCGGACCUCUCCAGCGACGACAUCCUCGAGAGGGCCUCCCAGAAGUCCAAGCGAGAGCCGAGGACCUACACAGAGGAGGAACUGAAUGCCAAGCUGACCCGGCGUGUGCAAAAGGCAGCUCGGAGACAGGCCAAGCAAGAGGAGCUUAAGCGGCUACAUCGAGCCCAGAUCAUCCAGCGGCAGCUGGAGCAGGUGGAGGAGAGGCAGCGGCAGCUGGAGGAGAGAGGGGUUGCCGUGGAGAAGGCGCUCCGCGGCGAAGCAGGCAUGGGCAAGAAGGAUGACCCCAAGCUGAUGCAGGAGUGGUUCCGGCUGGUGCAAGAAAAGAACGCCAUGGUGCGCUACGAGUCUGAGCUGAUGAUCUUUGCCCGGGAGCUGGAACUGGAAGACCGGCAGAGCCGACUGCAGCAGGAGCUCCGGGAGCGCAUGGCGGUGGAAGAUCACCUGAAGACCGAGGAGGAGUUGUCAGAGGAGAAGAAGAUCCUCAACGAGAUGCUGGAGGUGGUGGAGCAGAGAGACUCUCUGGUGGCGCUGCUGGAGGAGCAGCGGCUCCGGGAGAAAGAGGAGGACAAGGACCUGGAGGCCGCCAUGCUGUCCAAGGGCUUCAGCCUGAACUGGUCCUGAGCUCCCACCCACGCUCGCCAUCGGUCUGUUGGCAUCCGCCUGACCGGGCUGCGGUCUCCAAACCACCUGGAUCCGGGACCUGAGAAGGCCUGGCACCUCCAUGGGGUCCGCACUCAGAUGCCCGUGUGCCUCUUGAAAGGGGGGUCAAGUCUCGUGUGCUGCAGGGAACCCCAGGUGACGAGGACUGUCCAACGUGACCCCGCCUCCUCCGAAGAGACUUCCCGCUCGGAAGAGAGGAGCAUGUCGCGUAUGACGUAGGAGUGGGGGACCCCACACGCUCCCUGGGGACACGCCGGCUGGUGCCCCCUCUUUCCACAUUUGGUAAGAGAAGAAAGCUGCUCCCUGUCUGUCGGAACCACGGCCGCCGCCGAGUACACCUCCACGGCGCGGGAGGCAGCUGUCUUCGUGCUCCCUGAGCACCACCAAAGAAACGAAAAAUGCACCGCACGAAAGCAAGAUGUGACUCGAGACCUGGGAGGGGGCAGUGGCCGUUCGGAGCAGCGCCCACCCAGCAUCGCAUGGGACACCGAGUGGCGGGCAGGCUCUGGAACUUACCAUGCAAGUGAGAAGUUGGCAGAGGGCCUGCUCCCCUGCCCCGACCCCACACGCCAGAC